AUUUAGUGACAAGUAUUUAGGAAUCGAUUCACUGAAUAAAACACUGAAUACUAUGAAUAAAACAAAUGAUCAUUGCUUUUGAGUGAAUAAAAAGCUUUUUAUGAAACUUAUGAAACUUUUUGCAAACAAAUAGUGAGAAGCAAAUCAUUUGAAACAUUUGUGAGAUUGAGAAGAGGCUGAGAGCCAUUCGUGAGGCAUUGAUGGCAAUGUUUCCGCAUAUCUUCACUCACGCAGCCAUAUAUCCAUCAUUUCUUCGUUCGCCGCACUCGACCCCUACGACCACAUCAUUGUCACCGGAAUUCAGUCACUCGGCAACCAAUACAUCGUUUUUAGUCGAGAAUAUUCUGAGAGACAGAGCGGCGGCCGCGGCUGUGGUCGCCGGCAAAGACGUGGCCGGCAAUCAGCCGCUCAUAUCGAGACCCCUUCCCCUUCACGCGCCCGACCAGAGUCCGUGCGGUUACUCUCACUGUAAUGUCAAGCAAUGCAUAUCUGAUCUCAUAAAACACGAGCGAUCCGCAGAUGUGAUCAACUCAUCAGAUCACGAGACUGAGUCCUCGUACGGCGCCGACCAUCAGUCAGAGUCUAAUACACCGCCCACUAAGACGCCAACCCCUCUCAAGUUUGGUGUCAGUGCUAUACUUUCGGACCAUAAAUCAGACCAUUUUUAUGCCAACUCUAAUAAACACCAUUUUCUAUCUCAUCAAAAAGAUGAAAAGGAGGGGAGGGAAGGGACUGAAGAGCUCAAUCUCCAGUUUCAAUGCAUUCCUGAACUUAGUUACGCCACUAUAAGGUCUAAGUGCACGGCGUAUGGAUGCGGUCCUCCAGACCAAUACAUAUGCUUUAAAACUCUCAGGCAUGAAUUAGUCAACGACUGGGCCAUCAAUUUUGAAGCCAUAAAAUUCUGGAGAAAACAUUAG